CAAAUAAUUCAUUACAAAAAAAUAAGAAAUAAGAACAUCUUAUAAAUUAUCAUUCCUAUUCUCUUUUGCUACAUGAGUUUGUGUAUUUUUUUUUUUAAUUUUUCCGGGAGAGCCAAACCCAUGCAUGAUCCAAAAACUUACAGAUAUAUCUUGUUUUGUUCAUUCCAAAUCUGAUGCAGGGGUGAAAUCGGCUAAGCUGUAGCUGAUAGUUGACUAUUAUUUUUUUGACUAUCAAAUUUGAUCGUUUAUACUUUUGUUUUGAAAUUAUAUUUUUUUCUCAAAGCUUGGUAUCACUUCAAAAAAAAAUAUACUUCAAACUUGAAUUUUGUGUCAAAUUGUUAUUUAUUUAAUAAUAAACAACGAAGAAUUUGAAUAUCAAAAAAAUAGUCGGACAAAAAUGGCGCAAGCAAGUAAGGCACAAAUAAAAAUGUUGACGUCUUUCAUGGAGCAGAAUACAGACGUGGCCAAAUCCUUCUCUCCAAAGGGAAAUAAUUACAAGGAAUCCCACAAAAUGCUGUGGGAAAAACUUUCAAAGACAUUAAAUGCAAACGGACCACCAACUAAAUCCACACGAGAGUGGAAAAGGAUUUGGACAACGCGAAAGUAUUCCGUAAAAAAAAAACUUUUACAGAACCAAAAAUCCUUAAAAGAAACCGGAGGAGGCCCGUUUAUGGAGUUACCGUUAGACACAAAUGAAGAAACUAUUGUAAAAGUUUGUGGAAUUAAGGCAGCAAUAGCGGGGAUAAGUGGUGUUUCAAGCUGUGGUGGUGAAGACGAAAAUGAAGAAAUAAAAAUUCUAUUAUCAGAUAAAAUCGGAUAAAAUAAUAGCCCAACAACCAACUCGUAAUUCUACAACUCCAACUACAACUAAUUCAAUAGAGACUCCAAGCAUGAAUAAACAUGAAAGGUCAGCACUGAAGAGUAUAAACGAGCCUCAAAUCGAGCAGUCUGUCCUUCUUGCGCGAAAACAGGUGGAGCUACAGGAGAAGUUCCUGACUGUGCAAACAGACAUACAAGCUGUACUUGACUCCAUGAAGAAGUCAAUUGAUGGUGUCAAUGAAACCUUGAAAGCCCUUUGCACGGUCAUUGCAAAUAAUGGCAGUGAUCGCUGUCCCUAAUGUCUGAAGAGUUGCGGUUUGAAAAAAAGCUUUAUUUUUGGCUACUGCCAAAAGUGAUAUGAACAUAUAUGUAUGUAAGGUAUAACUCUGUGACCCGUUUUCCACCCUCUCGGAAGAAGAUAUUGGGAUAUUUUCUGGGUAUGGUUUUCUACUGUCCACGCAAAUAUUGUGCAUGGCCAUUAGUGGAGUUUUUGAAUAUAUAUAUGCAUUACUUAUAUUAUAUGUUAUAUUUGGCUUUAUUGAAUUAAAAAACAAAAAAGAUUAUUAAAAGUUCUCAAAACAGAAAAGUUUCUUAUUUUAUAAAUUUGCAAUGGUC